CCCCUCCUCAGCCCAUCCUCCUCUUCCUCUUCCUGCUCCUCCACAGCUCCUCUGCUCCUCUGCUGCUCCGCUCACAUCACAGCCUCUCCUGAUCGGUCAGUCAUGUCUUCAGUCCUGCAGAAGUUGAUCACCCCCGUGGCCGGCGCCACCGCCGAGCCGCCCAGGAACAAGGUGACGGUGGUCGGCGUGGGCCAGGUCGGCAUGGCGUGCGCCGUCAGCAUCCUGCUGCGGGACCUGUGCGAUGAGCUGGCUCUGGUGGACGUGAUGGAGGACCGCCUCAAAGGGGAGAUGAUGGACCUGCAGCACGGCCUGCUUUUCCUCAAGACGUCCAAGGUGGUUGCGGAUAAAGACUACGCCGUGACGGCGAACUCCCGCCUGGUGGUGGUGACGGCCGGCGUCCGUCAGCAGGAGGGCGAGAGCCGCCUCAACCUGGUCCAGAGGAACGUCAACGUCUUCAAGUCCAUCAUCCCGCAGAUCGUGAAGUACAGCCCCAACUGCACCAUUCUGGUGGUGUCUAACCCUGUGGAUGUUCUGACCUACGUCACCUGGAAGCUGAGCGGUCUGCCCAAACAUCGCGUCAUCGGCAGCGGCACCAACCUGGACUCCGCCCGUUUCCGCCAAAUGAUGGCUGAACGCCUCGGCAUCCACUCCAGCUCCUUCAACGGCUGGGUGCUGGGCGAGCACGGAGACACCAGCGUUCCUGUGUGGAGCGGUGCCAACGUGGCCGGAGUAAACCUGCAGAAGCUGAACCCGGAGAUCGGCACCGAUGGCGAUAAGGAGCAGUGGAAGGCCACCCACAAAGCCGUGGUCGACAGCGCCUACGAGGUGAUCAAGCUGAAGGGCUACACCAACUGGGCCAUUGGCUUCAGCGUGGCGGACCUGACCGAGAGCAUCGUGAAGAACCUGAGCCGGGUCCACCCGGUCUCCACCAUGGUUAAGGACAUGUUUGGAAUCGGUGAGGAGGUCUUCCUGUCGCUGCCCUGCAUCCUGAACGGCAGCGGCGUCGGCAGCGUGGUCAACAUGACGCUGACCGACGCCGAGGUGGCCCAGCUGAAGAAGAGCGCCGACACGCUGUGGGGCAUCCAGAAGGACCUGAAGGACCUGUGAACGGGUCAGGGGACCCGGCAGUCUCGAGGCACCCCUUUUCCACUCUAACACUCUUUCUGUAGGAAGCUGAGCUUCUGCUUCCAGCAGGCGUCUGCUGCUCCUGUCUGUCGGUGAUGUUAGCUGAUUUCUAGUCUUCUCGGUUAGGAUUCCUACACGAGGCUUUAAAGAUCAAACCACGCCCCCUUCCAGGUGUUCUCCUGAUUUUACUUUGCUCCUUCAGCUUCAGGGAUUCUCCUAGAAACUCCUCGGGCCUCGUACCAAACGGUUGCUAAUGUUAACAGAUGUCCUUCAAACAGCCGUGUGUCCAGACUUGUAUAAUCAGAUGUGUUGGAAUAAUAAAUGUUCUCACAAAGGUG